CUUAUCUCCGUUUUCUGGUCUGUGGCCCCUAGUUUUAUGCUAUGGGCCUUGCUCAUCCUACUUAACUUGGUGGUCUCUGCUUUUGAAUCGGGCUUCUCCUGUGAUACUUUUUCGUUUCCCAUGGAUCUGCCAAUUGCAGGCAGGAAAAGGACCACAGAGCAAGAUGAUAAUGAUGUUGAUCUUCAGGGGAUGAAGGAAACCAGUAGCUGCUACUGUAACAUCAUUGCAGCAGAAUCACUACCUCGGCAAAACACUAUUUCGUACAACUUUGAUUUUUCUGAUGAUUUCAUGAAUGUUUACGAUGAAUCUACCCCAAACGAUCAAAAUGCCUUCUUGAACAGUCUCCUGACAGAACCCAAAUCAUCAAACCUGUUUUCCUUCCCGGAAAAUGAGUCAGUGGCAGUCUCAGAGAUCAUCUCAAAGACAGAGUGGGCAGAUGAUUUGAAAGGAUGUGAAGAACAGAGUCCAUAUUCAGGGCCGAUUCUUCCUGAGAUAGAGUCUGCAUUGUCAAUUUAUGGUGGAGCAAAUCGUCAUUCUUGUACUUCUAAUUUUUCAUCUCCCUCAUUUGUUGAUUCAUUCACCAUUUUUGAUUCCCUGUGUACUAAAGCCGCUCCUCCUGAGCUGAACUUAAGCUCCUGUUCUGAAAGUUACAGCUUACCAAUUUCCCCAUCACCUCAAGCAAACGCAAAAACACUACCCAUUUCAAAAAGGCAACAUUUUGGAAAUUAUGUGCUGGAAAAGAACGGCCCUCCUGCAACUCAAAAUUCUGGGUUUAACUCUUAUCAGAGUACAUUUUCUCCGUAUUCUUACCGCAGCUUGCCCAGUUCAAUAAAUGAGUUGCUGUAUAGAAAAUUGCAUCCACCCAAAAGUGAGGCAAACUAUUUACUCAAGAUAAAAUGCCCAGAGAAUCACAAGGAUGACGGUUACAAAUGGAGAAAGUAUGGACAGAAGUCCAUAAAGAAUAGCCCCUACCCUAGGAGUUACUACAGAUGCACAAGUCCCAAGUGCCGUGCAAAGAAGCAGGUGGAGAGAUGCGUGGAUGAGCCCAACACACUUGCCAUCACUUAUGAAGGUCUCCAUCUUCACUAUUCUUACUCCCCAUUGCAGAUUACCCAACAACCCAACUAUUCUCUUCGUCAGCCAGAAAACAACAUAUAUGAAAGGAUGAACAAGAGGAAAGCUGUGAUAGACAGUGUAUGGAAUGAUUGCUUUAAAAAUUCAAUACAGUCAUCCGAAUCUCCUGCCAUGGUAGCUACCCAUCAACAACUACUACAAGAAAAAGAUGGGCUCUGCGAAUCUUUGAAAUUUGGAAGAGAAAGCAGUGAUAUAAUUGAUGGAGUGGUUGAAGAAGAAGGCGGUGGUGGGCGUAGGGAUGGACUGCUCCAGGACAUUGUGCCCCAACGAAUAAUAAAUCCUUUGUCCUCUUCUUCUUCUUCUUCAUCUGCCUCCCAAUAAUGUUUUUGGUGGGGAUUUAUGUUUAUCAAGAUAAAUUGACUCCAUUUUAAUUCAAGGAGAAGAAUAUAUAUGGCAGCUCUUUUAUGCAGGUUAAAUGGUAAUAAUGUACAGUCAUAUUGUUAUUUUAAAAAUAAAUUUGUAUAAUCUGAAACAAUUGUGCAGGAAGCAUAAAAUUUAAGG